CAGUUUAUUACCGAGUAAAAAAAUUUCUUGUAUAGAUGCUGAUGGUACUGUAGUGAUUACAACAAGUGUUAUCCCUUCGCAGAAGCGAUAACAGGAGCGUGCGGGUUUUUUGUUAGAAAAUCUAGAGGUUCGACAGAUAAUGAGCCAUUGGAGAAACAUCCUUUAAACAUGAUCUGACUCAGGAGUAGCAUACAUGGGAAUACGCAGACCACAACCGUGCGAUACUCAAUGUAAGCUUUGUUUGUAAGUUUUUGGAGGCGAAGAUGGAGAAUUUGCAGUACGCGGAGGAGGUAGUCAGAGAGUUUCUUGUAUUCAGAGGGUUUACAAACACUCUGCAGGCAUAUGAGAAAGAGCUAGGCAGCGAUAUUGGGAAAGGGUUCCAAGUUGAUAUGCUAUUGGACUUGAUAUUUUCAGUUUACAUUCCAAAUUUUCAAGCUGAGAACUUGGUGAAUCUGCUCCACUUUUUCGAACAAUGUUUCGGGUCAUACGAGGCUGAACUAAUGUCUACUUUAUCGAAAAUGGAAGUCUCGAUUAUGCGUUAUUAUAUCAUCCAUGCCUUACAAACUGGGAAGAAGGAGAAAGUGAUUGAAUUUUUCGAUAGCCAUGGUAGCGAGUUACUGCAAAAACACCAAGAUUUGGCAUUGUGGUUUGCCAUCCCAUAUCAUAAGAAUCCUCAGGCGGAUCCUGAAUUUCGUUUCUACUUUUCUAAGGAGUGGAUCGAUACCUUACAACUAUCUGUCAGGAAUUUUCUUAGCAAGAUGCUUCACAUUAGUCAUAUCCUUGGGCAUUGGUUUUUAUAUCCUUCAUUGUGCUUUAUAUUUAGUACCUCUAAUCAUCAACAAUCUGAGCAUUAGUUCUUUUACAAGAGUCAGCUCUUUUCCUGGUGACCCAUUGUCAGUUUACUCAUAUUCCAGGGCAGCUCCAUUGUAAUCUUGGAGUCUGGCCUCCAAUCAUGAGAUUACUGACAACUAGUAAUGAAUACCUGAAUGCUCUGGACUUUACUUUUUACCAGCUACCUCAUUUUUUGUAUUUGAAUUUGUCCUUAGUCAAGUUACGCAUCCCUGCAUUACUGAAGAUCAGUUCUGAAUAUAACGCUGUGAAUCGUCUCAAGGGAGACAUUAAGCAACUUAAUCUCAAAGUUUCACAACUUCAGGCCUUGUUAGAGGAGAAAGAGGUUCAGCUACGUCAAGCAAGGAGCUCAUCAAACAUAAAAGAAGGUAGUCAUAAGCAAACUGUGUCUUCACCUAGAUUAUCUGAUGAUUGUAACCCUACAACUUCUAAUGUUGGGAAGAGAGAAUCCUCUCAUUACAUUGAUGAUCAAGGAGCUACCUGUUCUCAAAAGUCUUGUGUGAGCAAGAGUGAGAGGAGGGAUUUGUUAACAGAGGAUCAAGACUCGGGCAGUGAAAUGCAGAGAGAGGAAGAAUUCCCAGAAGUGAGAGUAGACUUUCAGGAGACAUUCCUUGGCCACACAAGUCCGAUCACACAGUGCCGCUUUUCUGCAUCUGGGGACAACAUUGCUAGCGCUUCUGUGGAUGGGACGGUUAGGUUUGUGUUUUAAGUUGUUACUCAGUGCAUGCUUUUCAUAAGAAUGUGACAUUUGGACUUUAUACUUUCCAUUAAUGUGGAUCCUCUAUUUUGGUGCUUGUUAGAGGGAUUCCCAUCUUUAUUAAAGAAUGCUUAACUGUUAAAGAAAUGCAACUGAUGACCUUAGUUGGUAAUUAAGACACUGAAAAGAU